AAAAGAUUACAUGUUACCCACUUCGAAGAUUCAAGACAAGACAGAAAUCCUCACGGAAUGAGCGAAGUAGUUACACAGCUCGCCAGCGUGUCUAACUAGUUAACUACUAACGAAUCAACGAUAUUGUUUGUUUUUAUAACGUUGCAUUAAUCUCACCAAGUAGCGUGUGUGACUAUUACCCGACUCUCUGACUGAAUCUCCACCGUUUGUAGCUCUGUUUUGACGCAGUACAAAGAAGAAAACCACAAACUGGCAGAAGUUGGAGCUGGUUAAGCAAACUGGACCCGGACAGUAAUGAACGCUGGAACUCAGGGAAUCCGAAUCAGAAGAGUUUCCUCGAGGAAGAGGUCGAGAGACAGCCUGCAGACUCACCUGACACCUGCCAGGAAGAGAGGGGGAGGAGACACCUGUUUACAGCAAUGUCCCAGAAACAGGAGGCUCAGCAGCAUCAUGGCUCAGAUACAACCUGCUGAGUACUGCAGUGACAGUGAGGACCUGUUUGGGGACUAUGACAGUAUCCUGGAGGACAGCUCUCUCCUGGCGAAGCUGGAUGAUGCAGAGGAGACUGAGAGGCAGCGCGACCUCCAGAGCGCGGCUCACAUCGUCGCCGUCGAUCAGCAGGACUUCAUUGCUCUGCGACCGUCGAAGGACGGCGCCUGGAAACGGUCCGGUGAAGACAUCCUCACCGACUCCAUCCUAGACGGCCUCGGAGACGAACCCUUCGAGGACCUGCCGGGCAGCCAGGUUCAGUUUCAGGAGCAGGUGGAUGAAAAUGUGAAGAGGAGGAGGCUGCAGGAAGGAGAGAAGACUUCAACACCGUUCAGAAACACUGACACUGAGGCAGGAAGAGACAGAAACAUGGAGGAUAAAACCAAGAGACGAAGCAAAGCGAGGAGGAGUGUGACUGACCAGCUGAAGAGGACGAUGCUCUGCAACGCCGCCGCUCCCUCCAACGUCUCUCGGACGGUGGUGUUAAAGGAGGCCGUGGUUUCUGAGGAGAUCAGCGUCGCCAUGCAGGCCAUGGAAACUGUAUCUGCUGAGACCACGGACCUCGGGCCUUUCUUCGGACUCCCCACCAAAGUAAAAGACCUGAUGCACAAACUGAGAGGAAUCAAGAAUUUAUAUGAUUGGCAGGAGACAUGUCUGAACCUGGACUGUGUUCAGCAGAGGAAGAAUCUGAUCUACUCUCUUCCCACCAGCGGAGGGAAAACUCUUGUUGCGGAGAUCCUGGUCCUCAGAGAGCUGCUGUGCAGGAAGAAAGACUGUCUGUUCAUCUUACCCUACAUUUCACUGGUGCAGGAGAAGGUCCGUGGGUUAGCGAGCUUCGGCCUGGAGCUGGACUUCAUGGUGGAGGAGUACGCCGGCAGUAAGGGCAAGUUUCCUCCAGUGAAGAGGAGAGAGAAGAGAUCACUGUACGUCGCGACGAUAGAGAAAGCCCACAGCCUGGUGAACUCUCUGAUAGAAACCAACAGGCUGGAUAACCUGGGACUGGUGGUGGUCGAUGAGCUUCACAUGCUGGGUGACGGCAGCAGAGGGGCGAUUAUUGAAAUGACACUGGCUAAAGUUCUGUAUAUGAGCAAAAAGACUCAGAUUAUUGGGAUGAGCGCCACUCUGGGAAACAUCAGAGACCUGCAGACAUUUCUAAAGGCUGAAAAUUACACCAAUGACUUCAGACCUGUUCAGCUGAAAGAAUAUGUCAAACUGAAUGACACCAUCUAUGAAGUGGACCCAAAGGAAGAGGACUGUUUUAGGUUCUCACGUCUUCUCAACUUUAAGUACUCCAGUGCGAUGCAGAAGAUCGACCCGGAUCAUAUCAUCGCUCUGGUGACUGAAGUCAUUCCCACUCACUCGUGUCUGGUUUUCUGUCCCACGAAGAAGAACUGUGAGAACGUCGCAGGGAUGAUCUGCAAAUACCUGAAAGAGGAGUUCCUGCAGCACAGGCAGGCAGAGAAGGCCGUCCUCCUCAGAGAGCUGAGGGACAGUGGGAACGGCUCGGUGUGUCCGGUGCUCAGGAGGACCGUGCCGUACGGUUUGGCCUAUCACCACAGCGGACUGACCUCAGAGGAGAGGAAACUGGUGGAGGAGGCCUACUCCAGCGGGGUCCUCUGUCUCCUCACCUGCACCUCCACCCUGGCUGCAGGGAUCAACCUACCUGCCCGCAGAGUGAUUCUGCGAUCGCCGUACGUGGCCACGGACUUCCUGAAGAGAAGUCAGUACAAACAGAUGGUGGGGCGAGCCGGGCGAGCCGGGAUCGACACGGUGGGAGAGAGCAUCCUCAUCCUGCAGAGCAAAGACAGGAACAUGGCUCAAACACUCGUGUGUUCCCCGAUGGAGAACUGUUACAGUAACCUGAUGCACGACGAUGGAAAAGGCAUCACGAGUCUCAUCCUGUCGCUCAUCGGCCUGAAUGUCACCUCCUCGUCAGAGCAGCUCAGAGACUUCCUGCGUGGGACGCUGCUGUUCGUUCAGCAGCAGCAGCUGUGUGCGGAGCAGAGUCUGUGGGAGGUGGUGCAGCAGAAGGUCGACCUGCUGAAGGACAAAGAUCUCAUCACUGUGACUCCAGACGCUCAGACUCUGCAGGUCACCAAGCUGGGCAGAGCCACGUAUAAAGGCUCAGUGGAUCUGACCCACAGUGACGUCCUGUACAGAGACCUGUCCAGAGGUCUGGAGGGUCUGCUGCUCAACAGCUGCCUGCACCUGGUCUACCUGGUCACACCGUACGACAUGAUCUCGCAGUGCAAACCAGACUGGAGGAUUUACUUCAGACAGUUCACCCUGCUGUCAGCUGCAGAGCAGAAGAUGUCCGCCGCCGUCGGAGUCCCGGAGAGUUUUGUAGCCAGAAAAGCUGCAGGACAGACAGGUGAAAAACGUAAGAAAACACAGAGACAGAAUGGAAUGUUUCAGUCUGGCAGCUUGAUGAAGUCGUGGUCGUCGUUUCAGGGCGUGGACAUGGAGGCCGUGAGGAGGAUGUACCUGGCUCUGGUGCUGUUUUCUCUCCUGAAGGAGACGAACCUGUGGAGCGUGGCCGACAGGUUCCAGCUGAGCCGAGGCUUCGUCCAGACUCUGCUCAGCUCCUCCUCGGCUUUCUGCUCCUGCGUCCUGCACUUCACCGAGGAGCUGGAGGAGUUCUGGCCAUUCAAAGCUCUGCUGACGGAGCUGACUCGGAGGCUGAGUUACUGUGUGAAGGCUGAACUCAUCCCUCUGAUGGAGGUGGUCGGAGUCAUGGAGUCCAGAGCGAAGCAGCUGUAUAACUCCGGCUACAAGACUCUGACUCACCUGGCGAACGCCGACCCUGCCGUCCUGUCCAGGACGAUAGAGAACCUGUACAGGAAACAGGCCAGUCAGAUCGUGGCCUCGGCUAAAAUGCUGCUGAAUGAAAAGGCUGCAGCUCUUCAGGAGGAGGUGGACGAGCUGCUGACGGUUCCUUCAGAUCUGCCCACGACCCCCAACACACAACAACUCACCUGAGGUCACUCAUCACAGAGGAGUUUUAUUCUCUGGAAACUGUUUUUAUUGUUUCACUGCUUUGAAUAUCAUUAAAAUAAUGAACUAAAA